CAGCUAUUGCUGUAACAACUAUUUUAAUUCGAGGAGCAACAUUGCCUUUACUCAUCAGUCAACUCAAAGCUACUUAUAAACUCAAUUUGAUAAGACCACGGUUGGAGGAGAUAAAACAGACGGUGCAAGCUUCGGGUAUGGAUCCUGUUGCUGUUGCUGAAGGCCAAAAGGAAAUGAAUGCUUUGCUAAAACAAUAUGGAGCUAGCCCACUCACUCCAUUGAAAGGACUUCUAAUUCAAGGCCCUAUCUUCAUCAGCUUUUUCUUAGCUAUCUCAAACAUGGUUGAGAAGGUUCCAUCAAUGAAAUCUGGUGGAGCGCUCUGGUUCACAGAUCUCACUACUCCAGAUAAUCUGUUUAUUUUUCCAGUUCUAGCAUCACUAUCAUUCUUGGUCCUUGUAGAGUACAACAUGCAAGAAGGCUUUGAAGGUAAUCCCAACUCUAAUAAAAUGAAGAAGGUCUCAAGGAUCUUUGCUAUUCUUGCAGUGCCAUUUACAAUGGGUUUUCCUAAGGCACUCUUUUGUUAUUGGAUAACCUCCAACCUGUUUUCGAUGUCAUAUGGAUUAGCUAUUAGGCAUCCAGAAGUGAGAAAGUUCUUGGAUCUAACCGAAGCACCCUUCUCUCCACCUAGUACACCCACAUCACAGUCCCAGUCAGAAUUCCCAUCAGUUUCAGCAACCCAACAACAAGACACUCCAUCGGAAUCUAAGCCCUCUGAGACAUCAAAAGUUGCUGACAGAAGGACAUCUUCACAUGCACUUAUGAAACAAAGGAUCAGAUAUCUUGAAGAACAACUAAAGGGGAACAAGGGAAGGAAGAAAAAGAAGCAGUAGUAAAUUGUACCCUAUUAUACUACAGAAGCCUCAACUGUUUUUGUUGUCAGGUUUUUCAUUCUAUCAGAAUCUAGUUGAAUAUCUUUGUAAGCAACAUUACAGCACAACAAUGUCGUUGAAGCCCUUGCUCUAAUUCCAUGUUAAGAACGUUAUCAGCUUAAUCAAUUUUGUACCUUGAUUCUUACUUCUAUUUACUUCUAUUUACUCC